UUAUGAGGUGGAGUACUUGUGUGACUACAAGGUAGUAAAGGGCAUGGCGUACUAUCUUGUAAAAUGGAAAGGCUGGCCAGAUUCCACCAAUACGUGGGAACCUUUGCAAAAUCUCAAGUGUUCACGACUCCUUCAGCAGUUCUCUGAUGACAGGCGCAGUUAUUUCUCUCAGGUCAAGAGAGACAAAAGACUAACUCUGAAAAGGAGUGAAACUGUGCAGAUGCCCACCCUGGCCAACUAUAUUGUCAGGAAAGCGAAGCAGAGGUUAGCUCUGCAGCGGUGGCAAGAUGAACUCAACCGGAGAAGGAAUCAUAAAGGAAAGAUUUUUGUGGAAAACACCGUGGACUUGGAGGGGCCCCCCACAGACUUCUACUACAUCAAUGAGUACAAACCCGCUCCUGGCAUCAGCCUCGUCAACGAAGUGACCUUUGGCUGUUCAUGCACCAAUUGCUUCUUUGAAAAGUGUUGUCCUGCGGAAGCUGGUGUCCUUGGGGCGUAUAAUAAAAAGCACCAAAUCAGAAUCCCACCGGGGACUCCCAUUUACGAGUGCAACUCCCGGUGUCAGUGUGGACCCGAGUGUCCCAACAGGAUUGUCCAGAAAGGCACACCGUAUUCGCUUUGCAUUUUCCGAACUAGCAAUGGCUGUGGUUGGGGUGUCAAGACUCUGGUGAAAAUUAAACGCAUGAGCUUUGUCAUGGAGUACGUGGGAGAGGUGAUCACAAGUGAAGAAGCUGAGAGGCGGGGGCAGUUGUAUGACAACAGAGGAAUUACUUACCUCUUUGACCUGGACUAUGAAUCUGAUGAAUUCACGGUGGAUGCAGCUCGAUAUGGAAAUGUGUCUCAUUUUGUGAAUCACAGUUGUGACCCAAAUCUCCAGGUCUUCAAUGUAUUUAUUGAGAACCUCGAUACUCGUCUCCCAAGAAUAGCCUUGUUUUCCACGAGAACCAUAAAUGCCGGAGAGGAGCUAACUUUUGAUUAUCAGAUGAAAGGGUCUGGAGAUAUAUCUUCUGAUUCUAUCGACCAAAGCCCAGCUAUGAAGAGAAUGAGAACGGUGUGCCGAUGUGGUGCUGUGACUUGCAGGGGGUACCUCAACUGAACUCUCGGGAGAUAUAAUUGAGAGAAUUGUAGUUUGGGAUUUUUGCUAAUGUUAACUUGUUGUUUUUUUUUUAUAAGGAAUAUUUGGAACUCUUCCUAUAAUCACGAUUAUACACAAUGUUAAUUGAUACUCCAUGUCCGUUCCAUACAUUUCUGAUGCCAAAUACAUUUCUGAUGCUUCUGGAGUGGUGGUGGUGGGGCAACCCAUGAGGUUCCAGUCUAGUUUAAAAUUGAAGUAUUUUGUGUGCUCCAAUCUGGAAGGAAAGCAUUUUCUAGAUAAAAAUACAUACAAGAGGUCUGUGAAGAGAACUAAGUUUCCAUUAGUGUUUGAGCUGUUGCUCUGCUCCGACAUGCCAGGUGCUCAGGUGUACUAUGACUUUGAAGCAACCAGAAUUCAUUUUGUUGGUGCAAGCAACCAAGUUUAAUUUUGGCUGAUACAGUCAUUACUGUUCUUCUGUUCAUUUACUACUCACAAUGCAUAUAUUUGAGACAAAUAGACACUACUGAUUUAUACCCUUAUUUUUACUUUCAUGAAAACAUUGGUUUCCUUA